AAUUCAAUUUUCGUACGCCGUGGGAUUGUCUUGUUUUGUGUAUUUUUAAUCUAAACAUUCUAAAUUAUUCUGAAGUAAAAAAUUGUUAUAAAAUGGCAACGACCCUUGAAGACAAGUCAAUAUGGGAGGACGGCGAGGAGGCGCUCAGCGAGGAAGUUCUUCGUAUGCCAACAGACGAGAUCAUAAGCCGGACUAGGCUCUUGGACAAUGAAAUUAAGAUCAUGAAGAGUGAGGUGAUGAGAAUCACACACGAAUUGCAAGCGCAGAACGACAAAAUAAAAGAAAACACGGAAAAGAUCAAAGUGAACAAAACUCUUCCCUAUCUUGUGUCAAAUGUCAUCGAGUUGCUGGACGUCGAUCCUCAAGAAGAAGAGGAAGACGGCGCAGUGGUAGACUUAGAUUCCCAGAGGAAAGGUAAAUGCGCAGUCAUUAAAACCUCCACGCGUCAAACCUACUUUUUACCAGUCAUUGGGUUAGUGGAUGCGGACAAAUUGAAGCCAGGUGACUUGGUUGGUGUGAACAAAGAUUCGUAUCUGAUUUUGGAGACUCUGCCCGCGGAGUACGACGCUAGAGUCAAGGCUAUGGAGGUUGAUGAGAGGCCCACUGAGCAAUACUCUGAUAUUGGUGGUCUUGAUAAACAGAUACAGGAACUGAUAGAAGCAGUAGUACUGCCGAUGACGCACAAGGAGAAGUUUGUGAACCUGGGCAUCCACCCUCCCAAGGGAGUGCUGCUGUAUGGGCCCCCGGGUACCGGCAAGACUCUACUUGCCCGAGCUUGUGCUGCUCAGACCAAGUCCACAUUCUUAAAGCUGGCGGGCCCACAGUUAGUGCAAAUGUUUAUUGGUGAUGGUGCAAAACUGGUCAGAGAUGCAUUUGCCCUAGCUAAAGAGAAGGCACCAGCUAUAAUCUUUAUAGAUGAGUUAGAUGCCAUUGGUACAAAGCGUUUUGACUCGGAGAAGGCUGGAGACCGUGAGGUGCAGCGUACCAUGUUGGAGUUGCUCAACCAACUUGAUGGGUUCAGUUCCACUGCUGAUAUUAAGGUAAUAGCAGCUACCAACAGAGUAGAUAUCUUGGACCCAGCCUUGCUCAGGUCUGGUCGUUUAGACAGAAAGAUUGAAUUCCCACACCCCAAUGAAGAAGCCAGAGCUAGGAUUAUGCAAAUUCAUUCUAGAAAAAUGAAUGUAUCCCCUGAUGUCAACUUUGAAGAGCUGUCCCGUUCUACUGAUGACUUCAACGGUGCACAAUGUAAAGCUGUGUGCGUGGAGGCUGGUAUGAUCGCUCUACGCCGCUCCGCCACAGCGGUCACUCAUGAAGACUUCAUGGACGCCAUCUUGGAGGUCCAGGCCAAGAAGAAGGCCAAUCUUAGCUAUUAUGCUUAAAUCUACCGCGUUUAUUAUUUGUAUAAGUUCAUAUAUAGUAAUAAAUAAAAAAUAAAAGUAAAACA